AUGGCAGAAAAUCAAAGGUGUGCUCGCCGGGGCCGCACCCAUUUUAAAAAAGAACAGGUUCAAGCACUGAAACGUGUGUUUGAAGAGACCAUGUACCCAGAUUGGACUUGGUUCAAGAACCAACGCGUCAAAAGGAAGAAAGAGCAGCAACAAACUGGAUCAAAUUCAUCACUAGAAUCACCAAACCCAAAUUCAUCACUAGAAUCAUCAAAUCCGACCAUUUCAGGCCAGGAGGAGGAGCCCUCCUUAACUGUAACUUCAGCAAACACUCAUCCCAGGAGUCCCAACUUUUUGGAUGCCUGUGACCAUGAACUGCCUCAGUCUUCUGACAACGGCCAGCCUGGUCCCUCCAGAUGGGGUUCAUCUUGGUAUUCUCUGCCUCCUGACCUCCAACAGAUAUGUCUGGGGGACUCUGAUCCUCCUUGGGCCUCCAGUCCCUAUGACAUAGAUCAAUUCAUGGAACUAUAUGCCUUACCUGGGGAUGAUGAUCCCCGCAGCCUAGAUCAAUACCUCUCCCCAACGUGCCUCGGUUGAAGUGGUACGGCUGACACAUCCAUUUAUUUAUUGAACAACUGGUAUGUUCCAGGAUAGGGUUCUAUGAUCCAAUUUUUCAUCAACUGAGAAACAUUUCCAAAUGCAUUUAAUAGGUCCACGUGUUAAAUAGGGCAGAGCCCGGGAAUUCUUUUUCUGUAAGAAGAAAGAAAUCUCUCUACCUUUCAUCAUUGCUUCUGGUUUCUGCUUCUGAACACUGUCUCAACCAAAUUUCAAUAUCAAGGAGAGUCAUAGAGGCCUUUAGAAUGGUAGCAGAAACCAGCUAGUUUUUCUUGGGUACCAGCUUGUUCCAAUCGAGCUAGCUCUGUGA